AUGGGAGGGAAUAAAGUUAUAUUCGUGACCGGAAAGGAAUGGAGACGCCAUGACCCAGUGCAGGCUCUCCUACAGCCGAUGGCUUGUCCUGUGGCAUCUGUAGUUGUAGGUUAUACCCUGAAGGACCCUUGCUUCGACCACCAAGAGUGCAAGAGAGAAAUCAAAUGGACACAGAAAUGUCACAUCUUUGGGCGUAGCCUGGGAGACAUACGUUUUAAUUUCCUAAUAGGUGGAGAUGCUGCAGUAUAUGAGUGUAGAAGUUGGAAUAUCAAACCUUCAAUCCCAGACAAGUUUCGACUUGAUGUUGAUGACUGCAUUUACGUGGCAUUUAUGGGCCGAUUUGAUGAUGAGCCCCCUACUGAGGAAAUGAUUGGUACUUACCGAUGGCUGUUGGAGUACGGAGUAGAACACAAAUAUCUGUCAAAGGACUACAAUGAGAUCUUUCUGGACAAAACAGGGAAUUCAGCAACGAAUGUAUCAAACCCACAUUUGAAGGCAGCCAUGUUCAAUAGACCACAGGUGACUCUGCCCCUUCACCUUGUCACUAGAGAGGAGUGGGGGGCGAAGCCUGCUAAAUUCACCCACGAUAUGCAACAUCAGCCAGUCCACCACUAUGUGGUAGAGUACGCUGCCAGACGGCCUUGUUAUCAGCCCAACGACGGCUCCUUGAAUGACAUCAUGAGGAAGAUGCAAAAAAACCACAUGGCUGACAAGGACUGUCCAGACAUUAAAUACAAUUUUGUUGUUGGAUACGAUGGCAUGGUCUACGAGGGAAGAGGGUGGAUGUUACAACCAACACUUCCAGAUAAAUAUUGGAAAAUAAAACACAUGUGUGUAUUCAUUGGUUGGAUUGGUAAAUUUACAAGUGCAAUUGAAGCAAAAGAAAUUACUCCACCGAAGAAUGUUGUGGACGUCCGAAGGAAUUUGAUGCACAUAGGGAUGGAGCGGAGACAUAUCAGUCAUAUACUUAGAGUUUUCUUCAUAAAGCAAGGCAAUCACAAAAGAAAAGGUGACUUCUCACCGGAUUGGGAAUAA